AUGGCCUCACCCUUCCCAUCUGCGGCGGAUCCGGAGCAAGCGUCCAAGAGGCGCAUUGUCCACAAGGAUGGCCUCCUCUUCAAAACGCAGAGACCGCCCAUUGGCGACGCCUCGAGCGCAGCCGUCUCCUCUAGCGGGAACGUGAUGCCAGAGAUCUUGCCGCGUGAAGGCGAGCCCAACGUGUUGGUCACCUCGGCCUUGCCGUACGUCAACAAUGUGCCUCACUUGGGCAACAUUAUCGGUAGCACCUUGUCAGCCGACGUGUAUGCGCGUUACUCUCGCUCAAGAGGUAGAAACACGCUGUACAUCUGCGGCACGGACGAGUACGGCACGGCUACAGAGACGAAAGCUUUGGAAGAGAAGGUCAGUCCUCAAGCAUUGUGCGACAAAUAUCACGCUCUUCAUAGACAGGUCUACAACUGGUUCGGCAUCGGCUUUGACCACUUUGGCAGGACGACUACGCCGAAGCAGACUACGAUCGCGCAGGACAUCUUCCUCAAGCUUCAUAAGAAUGGUUAUCUCGAGAAGAGGAGCAUGACACAGCUGUACUGUGAAAAAGAUCAGAGAUUCUUGGCAGAUCGAUAUGUCGAAGGAACGUGUCCAAAGUGUGGCUACGAUGUGAGUGGUGGGUAGCAGGACCGAGCUGGAACCAUUCGCCUUGCUAACGGCUGUCUCGUCUCGCAACGCUGCGACAGGAUGCGCGAGGAGACCAAUGCGAUGGAUGUGGACAAUUGCUUGACGCAGUAGAGCUCAUCAAGCCGCACUGCAAGCUGUGCUCCUCGGCGCCCAUUCAAAAGGAGUCAUCCCACCUCUUUCUAAAGAUUGACGACCUGCAGCCAGCGACCGAGAAGUGGGCGAGGGAAGCAGCAGAGGUGGGAGCUUGGUCCGCGAAUGGCAGGCACAUCACCGAGAGCUGGUUCAAGGAAGGUCUGCGGCCUUUCAGCUUGACCAGAGAUCUGAAGUGGGGUGUGCCUGUGCCUGUGGAGGGUAUGGAAGGAAAGGUGCUCUACGUGUGGUUCGACGCCCCGAUCGGCUAUCCUAGCAUCACGGCGAAUUACACGGAGCACUGGGAGCAAUGGUGGAAGAAUCCAGAGCAGGUCAAGUUGUACCAAUUUAUGGGCAAGGUGAGUCUGCGCAGCAUUCCACAGGCUUUCGUGAAAUGCCUUGCUGACUAGGCUGGGCUUCGCACCAAAAGGAUAACACUCGGUUCCACACCGUCAUCUUUCCUUCUUGUUUAUUGGGUACCAAAGAGCCAUGGACGAUGCUUCAUCACGUCAGCACCACAGAGUACCUCAACUACGAAGGCGGCAAAUUCAGCAAGUCUCGCAACAUUGGAGUGUUUGGGGACAAGGCAGGCGAGAUUGGAGUGCCCAACAGCGUAUGGCGCUACUACCUGCUGUCAAAUCGGCCAGAGGGUGGUGACACGCAAUUCAGCUGGCAUGAGUUCGUGCUGCGCAACAACUCCGAAUUGCUCGCCAACAUUGGAAACUUUGUGAACAGAGUGUUGACCUUCUUGAGCAAGAAGUAUGAUGGCAUCCUGCCCGAAGUGCCAGAAGGUCUCGGACUUAGAGCUGGGCCUGAACACCUAGAACAGGCCCCUCCCGCGUCGGCGUCUGAAAGCGCACAAGAGCCUGGUCUGCUGUUCCCGCGCAUCGCGCGUGAUGUCAACGAUCUCCUGGCACAGUACACGCAAGCGAUGGAUGCGGUCAAAUUGAGGCAAGGCUUGCACGUCAUGAUGGCCCUCUCUUCGCGCGGAAACCAAUUCUUGGUCGAGGCUGGUCUGGACAACAGUCUUUACGCCAACAAGAAGGCCGAAUGCGAUGCGACCAUGCUGGUAGCUGUGAACCUCAUCUGGGCCCUGAGCAGCUUGAUCCAUCCAUUCAUGCCCGACACUGCAGAUCAAAUCUGCACGCAGCUCAACGCUCCUCCUAGGCUCGUGCCUGUGGAAGACAUGACGGGCGGAGAGGUCCUUAGUCCUACAGCUGCAGACUUCUCCGAGGCUCGUGCAUCAGGCGACAAAUCUGCUGGAUCGAAAGCCCCAAGAUCCUUCUUCGCAUUGGACUUGCUACCGGGACAUCAGAUUGGAAAGCCGGCGCAUCUGUUUAAACGCAUAGACGAGAAGAAGGAAGAAGAGUGGCGAGUGCAAUUUGGUGGAGCGACAGCCAAGAACGCUGCGGAAAGUCCAAGCGAAGGUGGUCCUCAGAUCAGCAAGAAGCAAGCGGCCAAAGCUGCCAAAGCUGCCAAGAAAGCUACCAACCCGACCGCUGAGCGCAAGCUGAAGAAUCCUACUAAGGAGUGGGAAGAAUUGGAUCAGAAGGUAAGGGCGCAGGGCGAGGUGGUUAGAAAGGCCAAGGAGGCAGCGAAGAGUGCCGAUGCGUCAAAGACCCAAGUGAAUGUGGACGGCGAGAUCAGCAACUUGUUGAGGCUGAGGUGAGUCGAGCGUGCGAUGUUGAUGUCCCGGUCAGUAUUUUGCUGACGCUGCUCUGCCACUUGUCCUUGCGUUGCUCACUCACACACACUCUCUCUUUCUCUCUCUCCCCGGGCCCACGCUGCAGGAACGAGCUGAAUCUGCUCACGGACAAAUUGGCUGCGCUCGAGGUCGCAUCGGAAGCUGCGAGCUUGGUAGAGCAGGUGGUCAAGUCUACCUGA